GCCAACCUAGAAGAGCUUUGGGCGAUCUGGAUAUCUGACUCCCGCAUUCCAAUGCGUGCGUCGCGAUAUGCAUGGGCCGCCUCGUGGAACAUAAGUCCACUGCGCGUCGACAGCUGGUUCUGGGCUUGCAAAUCAAAGGCGAAGAAAGUGGAACAACCACUACCGAACAAGACGUGCAAGCUUUCGUUGGUACCGCCGGCUACUUGA